CCACCACUAGCAGCAAACGAGUUAUCGAUAGAUCCAGAGCGACUACCCUAAAUAGAAGCAUUUUCGUGCUCUCAUUCUCUUCUUUUCCAAUCAUUAAUUUAUUUUGUUUUGUUUACGUUUGCGAAUCGCUUGGCCAUGUCCAAUCCCCAGGAGGAUCUACUGCCACCCAACGCGGAAGACGAUGAACUGACUCUGCCACGUGCGAGCAUUAAUAAAAUCAUUAAAGAACUUGUACCCACAGUGCGAGUGGCAAAUGAAUCGCGAGAAUUAAUACUCAAUUGCUGUUCGGAAUUUAUACAUCUAAUUAGCUCGGAAGCCAACGACGUGUGUAAUCAAAGAAACAAAAAGACCAUCAAUGCCGAGCAUGUGCUAGAAGCCCUCGAACGUUUGGGUUUCCAUGAUUAUAAACAGGAAGCGGAAGCUGUGCUACACGAUUGCAAAGAGGUGGCCGCCAAGCGAAGACGUCAAAGCACAAGAUUGGAAAAUCUGGGAAUACCCGAAGAGGAACUCCUGAGGCAGCAACAAGAACUGUUUGCAAAGGCGCGUGAAGAACAGGCCAGGGAAGAGCAACAGCAAUGGAUGAGCAUGCAGGCGGCGGCGAUGAUCAAUCAGAGACAACCAGUGGCCAGUAGUAAGCGUAGUGAAGAUGACGACGAGGAUGAUGAUGAUUAUUAAUAUUUAAUAAAUAGAAUUCACAUGUA